GUCGUCCUUCUCAACCUUGUGCGGCUGCGGGAGCUUAAGAUCGAGUACUGCCCGGUGCUCCGCAAGUCAGAAGACCUGGCGCUCUGCUACGAGGUGGUUCGGGCCACAGGUCGCCUACUCAAGUGCCAAUGCUAUGCCUACCGCGCCAUCCACCUUGAGCGUGGUGGGGCUGAGGAGGUGCGCAGGGAGUGCCGUGGCAGCCUCUUCAGCGAGCCGGCUCGGUUGCUUUUGGGCGGGCGCCGGGCACUUCAGAUGCUUCCGGACGGGCAGAGGGCUUCUGUUGAGGCCUUGCUUGCAUGGAUGGCACGAAUGAGGAGCAGCGACUGUGCAGUGGAUAGCCAUGGAGAUUGGGAUGAUGGUGCGGAGCAAGCUUCAGAAGCACUCUUGGUCACUGAGCAGUCAAAUACGCCUUUUCAGCCUGCGGUUACACGUUGGAAGCAAACGACCCCUUCGCAGCCUGGCAAAGAGGGCUCCAAGCCUGAGGAUGUUAAGCCAAUGGCAUGGCUGACGAGGCUGCCUAAGGCCGAAGAAGGUGAUCUGCCUCCAAGAAAGCGCCGCCGCAUGCCAACAGCAAGGUGA